GCACGCGCUGCUCGCUCUCGGCUCGUCCGCGCGCAGUUCCGUCUCUGCUGCUCACUGAGAGGAGGAUGGAGACAGAGAAGAAGAAGAAGAGUUUGUGUUUGUUCAGAGAAGAAGAAGAAACUUUCCGCUGCAUUGUAGCUCUUUGAAUUAGCAGAAGAAGAAGAAAAUCCGCAGAAGAAGAAGUCGGAGGAGUUCCUGUUCAAACUUUCUUCUCUGUAAACUGCUCGCGCGCUCCCGCCGCCCGCGGCUGCACCGCGCAUGCUCUCUACAGCUGUCGUGUUUUUUUCUUCUUCGGCGGAUAAUGGACCGAUUGUGACAUCACCGGAGGGAGGGAGGCGCGCGGCCGCUGAUCUAGAUCACAACCAGUUGUGGCGGGAGCGCGCCUCAGCUGAGCGCAUGAACUGAGUCUGUAGUCUGUGUGUGUGUGUGUGUGUGUGUGUGUGUGUGUGUGUGUGUGUGUGUGUGUGUGUGAGUGAGUGUGUGAGUGUGUGAGUGUGUGAGAAUGAGCGGAGGUAAAAAGAGGAGUGGCUUCCAGAUCACCAGCGUAACCUCAGACUUCAACCAAACUCCAGCCGGCCAAUCAGCUCCCAGUGUGGUCCUGACUGUACUCCAAUCAGCAGCCUCCUCCUCCUGCAGCAAUCAGAGAAGCUCCUCCCAGCCAACCACUCCCUCUCUGAAGAGGAAAUACGUAUCCCAUGAUGCACCAGGGCAGGGGGCGGGGUCUUCGUCCAGGUUCAGGGUUGUGCGGCUGGCGGUGGGCGGGGCCGGCGGAGGUGGGCGGGGCGAGCCAUAUCACCGCGGGCGAUGGACAUGCACAGACAUUCUGGAGCGACAGGAAGGGGCGGGGUUUUGGCGCGUAAUGGACACUAUGAGACAUGCCCACUCGCUGGAGUCUCUGGAGAUGAUUGGCCGGGACAUGGACAGGGGCGGAGUCUACUCCCAGGACGCCACCCACCUGCUGGCUCAGCCAAUCGGAGGCAUUGAAGGGGCGCAGCUUGUACUGCGCAGCGGGCCGCCCUCACCGACGCACCAAGAGCCAGUCAACAUCCGACUCCUGGACCGCAAGGAGCCAAUGGGAGCUCAGUGUUUUGACUCCAUCCAUCCACCUCCUUCGCCCCGCCCACGAAACAUCCCUCCUCCACUACGAUUGGACGUCGACUCUGCAGGGCGGUCUGUCCUCAGGCUGUCUCACUCUCAGCCCAGCUCCCCCCCUGCUGGAUCAUACCAUCCCACUCUGACCCCCAUUCAAACCCCAGCAGCCUUCAGUCUGGACCAAACCAUCUUCAACCUGUCAGGGGACUCCAGUAGUUCCAGUAAUAGUCUAAUCGCCAUUGACAACAAAAUCGAGCAGGCCAUGGACCUGGUAAAGAGUCACCUGAUGCUGGCGGUCAGAGAGGAGGUGGAGCUUCUGAGAGAACAAAUCAGAGAACUGCAGGAAAAGAACCAAAAACUGGAGAGAGAGAACCAUAUCCUGAGAACCCUCACACAAGAUGUACACAAUGUACGCAACACAUAACAUGCAAUACACACAAUAUAUACAACACAUAAAACACAAUAUUUACACGCCACACAAUGACAUUUUCAGUUUUUCUGCAUCGCAGGUACUGUAGUUAUCAGUAUCAUCAGGGUUCGAGAUUAGCGUCGUCCUAGGUCGACAAAUAAUGGGUUUUGACCACAGACUGUAUAAAACAUGGACGCAGUCUUUGUGACAUCCCCCACGGGUCCCUGAAGAGCUGCUGUGGAGCGGCUCCGGCCAGCAGCAUCUUGGCAGUAACCGUCUAAUUCCGGCUGAUCUAAAGGGGACGCACCCCAUUAUUCCUGACGAUGCUACAUUGUGAACAACAAAUUGGUGUAAGCAGUUAGCUGUUUGCAGUUAGCAGUUAGCUGUUAGCUGUUAGCUGUUAGCUGUUAGCUGUUGGCUGUUGGAUGUUAGCUUUUAGCCGCCGGUAUCGGAAGUGCUAUUAACUUGCACUAUGGUGCGUUCAGGCUCUAUUCAGUAAAAAUUAGUAUCAGUAAAUUCUAAUGUUAUCAUGAUGUGUUCAAUGUAAUCUUGUAACAUUUAGUUUUUGGUGAGAAAUUUGAAUAAAUCCAGUUGUUUGAAGGAGAUGUUUUCACAGCAUAAUAAAAUAGAUAUCAGAGGGAAUUAUGAGCUGUUUAACGUCCUAACAAACACCAGUAUGAAGUAAUAAAGGAGUGUAUGUUGAAGUACA